AAAAUAGUGAAGAAAUGUAAUUAACAAACUCGAAACGUGAUUUUUCCACAAAGAAAAUAAACACUUCUGGCCAAUUGCGUAGCAAAAUUUAUAGUCGUCGCUGAGUCGUAGCUUCUUUCUCUCACUCACAAACAAGUCAAGAACACAGUGAAGAAGAAGCAGAUCGAAAAUGGCGGAAUCGAAGAAAAACGACAUCGUUCAUUCACCGCUCGUCACAUACGCUUCCAUGAUUUCUCUUCUCACACUCUGUCCUCCUUUCGUAAUUCUACUAUGGUAUACAAUGACGGUUGCGGAUGGAUCGGUUUUCAACACUUUUCAUUACUUUAGGAGUAACGGUUUUCAAGGUUUUGUUGAUUUGUGGCCUAAACCUACUCUUCUCGCUUGCGAAAUUAUCGCUGUUUAUGGUGUUUUUGAAGCCGUGCUUCAGCUUCUUCUUCCUGGUAAAACUGUUUACGGUCCUAUUUCUCCCACUGGCAAUCGUCCUGUUUAUAAGGCGAAUGGUGUUGCUGCGUAUUUAGUCACUUUGGUUACUUAUGUUGCUCUUUGGUGGUUUGGGAUAUUCAACCCUACAAUCGUUUAUGAUCAUUUGGGAGAGAUAUAUUCAACACUCAUCUUUGGGAGCUUAAUCUUUUGUAUUUUCUUAUACAUAAAAGGUCAUUUGGCACCAUCUUCUUCUGAUUCUGGCUCAUCUGGGAACAUAAUCAUCGAUUUUUAUUGGGGUUUGGAGCUCUAUCCACGCAUUGGAAAAUAUUUUGACAUAAAAGUUUUCACAAACUGCAGAUUUGGAAUGAUGUCAUGGGCUGUUCUUGCACUUACCUACUGCAUAAAGCAGUAUGAAGAAAAUGGGAAAGUAGCUGACUCAAUGCUUGUAAAUACUACACUGAUGCUGGUGUAUGUUACCAAGUUUUUCUGGUGGGAAGCUGGAUACUGGAACACAAUGGAUAUUGCACAUGAUCGAGCUGGAUUUUAUAUUUGCUGGGGCUGUUUGGUUUGGGUUCCCUCCGUGUAUACGUCUCCUGGAAUGUACCUUGUCAACCAUCCAGUAAAUCUUGGCACCCAGCUAGCACUCUUUAUUUUAGUGGCCGGCAUUCUGUGCAUAUACAUCAACUAUGAUUGUGACAGGCAAAGGCAAGAGUUUCGUAGGACAAAUGGAAAAGGCUUGGUCUGGGGAAGAGCUCCAUCAAAGAUAGAGGCCUCAUAUACUACUACUUCUGGGGAAACAAAAAAAAGUCUUCUUUUAACCUCUGGAUGGUGGGGGUUAGCGCGUCAUUUUCAUUAUGUCCCUGAAAUACUAGCUGCAUUCUUCUGGACUGUCCCAGCUCUUUUCAGUCAUUUUUUGCCUUACUUCUACGUGAUAUUUCUCACCAUCCUUCUUUUUGAUCGAGCCAAAAGGGAUGACGAUCGAUGCAGAUCCAAGUAUGGCAAGUACUGGAAACUCUAUUGUGACAGGGUACCUUACAGAAUCAUUCCAGGAAUAUAUUGAAGAAUGAUUAUUGAAGAUGACUUAUCUGGAAUCCUUCAAUUGGUGCCAUGUACUUUUGUUGUUUAAUGCCUCUGAUUGAUGCAAUGGUAGACUGUAGCUGUAAAAUAAUUCAGUAAUUAUGGAACUCUCUUUUGGUUCUAGAGCUGUUAAUCAAUAAUGUCAAACGACUCCUUCCGGCUGCUUCUGAUUUUUCA